AAUGUAAAUUUGGUCGGCUGGUGCUGUUGUGAUGUUGCUACUGUAGCUAAAAACGUGUAGUUUUAGCAUGUAUUUUAUAUUCAGACAUGUUUAAUGCUACUCAUGGUGUACGUGUUGGGUGCGUUAAUAGCUUAAAUGUGCGUUAUGACUCAUGUGCAGCCUUUAAUGUAUGUGGCGUGCAUGGUGUGAUUCAUUUUAUUUGUCACUUGUCCAAUUUUAAAGUGCUAAUCGUGGCUAAUGACUAAAAAACGCACCACGCAUCAGGAGUGUUGAGACACAUUCAACUAAGGUUAACAAAGGAUAACCUUAUUAACAAAGGUCGUAUCUGGCGUCCCUCUCAUGAAGGCUCGCAGGAGUAACGGCGUGGUUACCAAUGGAGACAGGAGACGCCUAAUCAGAUUUAGCUAGCAUUAGCUAGCUAGUUGCAGAUUCAAUAUGGCUACAAGGCCCAAAGGUAAAUCAUCAAAAAGUUCAUUCGGAGAUGACGAUCUCCUUGACAGCUUAUUUGAUGAUAAAAAACAUCCUGUGAGGGGGAAAGCCUCUCGAGACGGGCCCUUAAAUCGCUCCACUGCCACUGAUAACAUCUACAGUUUGCUGGCAGAGGAGGCAAAGAAGGAUGGUGGUGACAUUGAGGACUCAGAUGUCUCAGCAGCAGAUCCCAAAGACAUACUGAAGGACAUGAAGGACAUGGACGAUAUGGAUGCUGACCUCUUUCCAUCAAAGAAAAAGCCCAGUUCGGCGCCUGCGCAAACUAAGCCAUUUGGUCAUGGUGCAUCAAAGAAAGACUCAUUGGAGGACAAUGUAAAACCAGAGGGAGGAGAUGAAUCAAUCACUGGGGGGAAGAAGCCAAACUCUGCACCUUCGACUUCAGUAUCCAACUACAGGAAGAUCAGCUUCUCUGAUCUUGAUGACCCCCUUGCUGACCUACUCGAGGACUUGCUUCCAGAUGAAAACAAGUCGAAAGCUGGCGUGCAGCAGUCCAAACCUGAACCUGAAUCAGUGCAACUUCGUCCAAAAUCUCCGGUCUCCAAGAGUAAAUCUUCUAAAGCAGCCAAGAAACCAAGUGAUCUCACAUUUGAUGAUGAUGAGGAUGACCUGAUGGAGGCACUCGGAUUUGACAAUGAUAAAAGCAAUCCCAAGAAAAAACAGACUCUGCUUUGGCCCAGCAAGGAAAGGAGUGAACCUCCUCAGAGAGCUCGCACUAGACUGGACGAGAUUCUGGAGAGUGGGACUUCACCUCGUCUUCUGGAGCGACCACCCACGGGUGAAAAGAAGGAGCUGGUUCUGUCUCAAGAGAAGCAGCAGCAGGAGAAGACUACCAGUGGCAAAGAAACGCCUAUAGAAGAUGAUCUCACAUUUGGAUCAUAUCAGCCCACCUUGGGAUCCACCCCUGAAGGACGUCGCAGACAGUCUGUUAGAUUUUCAACAGAGGAUAUCAGUUCAUCUGCCCUGGAAAAGAAAUCAAAACCUACUCCCACCGCUCCAGCUCGACACCGCAGCUCAGGCGACUGGUUAGGCCUCAAGACGAAUGAUGAUAUUACCUUUCCAGAGGAUGACAACAAAGACAUCAAGACUUCACCCGAGUCUCCAAGGACUCCCUCUUCUCCAUUAUUGGAGAGAAAGCCCUCCCUGACUGGUAAUCAUGCCACAUCUUCUGCUGGGAAAAUGACAGUGGAGAUACCAGCGCCAGCAAAACAAAAGAAAUCCGAGGCCCCCACAGUCCAGGCAAAAGAAGGAAAUGAGGAUGACUGGUUAGCAGGAGCAUUGAACAGGAAGAAGGCUCUGUCAACUUCAAAUGCUGAGGCAAAAAGGUCCAAGCAGGAUGAUUCUUUAGGUCUUGGAGAAGAAUUUGAUCAGGAGUCAUUUGCUAGUAAACAAGUCACUGCACAGGUUGGUAGCAGCAGAGAGGAUGCAUCUGUUAAAGAAACUGGUACUACCUUUCUUGGACGACCCAGCUCUGCAGCUCAAAAGACCGAGCAAGAUUCUGGUCCCUUGCCCGUUUGUGCUCAUAGCAUUAGCCUGCCCCAGUCCAGUAAGGGGUCCAGGGAGAUUCCAGAGCCCAGCAAGGCUUCAGAUAAAACCCUCCAACUGAUGCUGCUCAACCCCAUGUCAACUGCACUGCCCGGCAAAAAUGAGUCAGUCCCACCGCAAAACACAUCAGCUGCUGUCCAGCAACUGGUGACAUUUCCAGGUGAUAGUCUUCAGCAGCUGCUUCUACAACAGCAGUUGAUGCAAUCUCAGUUGCUGGGUCUUGGGGGUGUCGUGGAUGCAGGAGUCCUGCAAAGACCCAGAGACAAGGAGCAUCAACCUGCAGAGUAUCAAGCUUUGCAUGUACGCAUCGUCCAGCUGGAGGGGCAGGUGAAGACGCUGCAGCUGGAGCGAGACCAGAGCCAAAUUAUGCUAGAGAGUGUCCGGCAGCAGCAUAAACAGGAUAUGGAGCUAAUGGAGAACACACACAAGACUCGUGCAAAGUUGCUCGAGGAAUCGGCAGCUCAGAGGGAGACCCGAGCGCGGCAGGACUAUGAAGACCUUAUGGAGCGCCUUGCCACAGUUACACAAGCUGCUGAGCAGGAACGCUCAGAGCUGCAGGCUCAGUAUCAUCGCAAACUGGCCCUGGCCCAACAGGAGAGAGACCGUGAGGUGGAGAGACUCCGAGAUCUCCAGAGAAAAUCUAUUUCAGAGAUGAAGAAAGACCACGAGGACCAGAUCCAGAGACUGAAGAAGUUGAAAGCCGAGGAGAUUGAUGCAGUGACAAGCGCAACAUCUCAGACCAGGUCUCUUACAGUGGUGAUUGAGCAGAUGGAGCAGUUUUCCUCUCGGCUGGGAGAGCUUUCUUCUCGGGUGGAGAGCACACAUGAACACACCACCCAUGGCCUGGAGCAGGGGGCACGGCACAGAGACGAGCAGCUGCGAAUAAUGCAGGAGCGACUGGCCCAGCAGCAGAAAACCAUGGCAGAGGAGAGGACCUACCUCAAGGAAAUCAUUUCUAGGAUGGACACACAGCUCAAUGAGCAGCAGAGACAACUCGAGAAGGAGCGCUGGAAGAUGACAGCAGAGCAGGCCAAGGCGGAAUCUACCCACAGAGGCCUGGAAGAAGAGCGACGUUCCCUGAGCAUGCAGAUCAACAUGGAGAGGGAGGAGCUAGAAAGAGCAAAGAGCGCUUUACUCGAGGAGCAGAAGUCAGUGAUGCAGCAUUGUGCAGAGGAAAGGAGAAAGCUGGCAGCUGAUUGGGCGCACUUCCAUGCCACAGAGAAGCAGAGACACGAGCGGGCUGAGCGAGAGGUUGGCAGCCUCUUGGAGAAGAGAGAAGGCUCCAUCAUCAGCCUGGCACAGGAACAAGCUGACCUUAAGCUUCGAACAGCAGAGGUAAAGCAGAAAGAGAUGAAUCUGACUCUGGAGCGAGAAACUUUGGAGAGGUUAAGAGAAGAACUUGACAGAGAGAAAGAAAGAAUAGGGAGCACAGCUCUGAGACUGCAAACACGAGCCCAGGAGGUGGAGGCAUUCAGUAAACUCGCUGCAGAGAAGUAUGAAGAAGGCGAACAAGCGCUGAGAGAGGCAAAACGUGUGGAGGAAGAACAUGAGGCACGGCUCAGGAAUAUCCAUAUCCAAACAGACCGGAUGAGGCAGCAGGAACAACGAAACCUUAAGGAGCGAAUGCAGUUACAUCAUCUUAAGCGGGAAACAGGAAGUGUAAGACAGGAUGCUCCCAUCACCUCUUUACCACAAAUCAUUCCACCCAUUUUACCAGAUUCUGUGUCACCUAUCCCUGAGCUGACAUCAACCCAAAACAUUCCUCCCACUUCAUUUACCAAUACACAGUCCAUGACACUUCAGGCCAGUCUGGCUCUGUGGAAGUACACUGCAGAAAAGGAUCGUGAAUACCUCCAAGAGGAGCAGAUAUAUCUAGAAAAUCUGAAAAGGAAAUCCUAUAGAUCUUUCAACACAGAUUGGUCAAUGCCUGCUGGACACUCCCCAUGAUACUUGUUACUUCCAAUAUGAAUACCUAAAUGUGCCAUUUUACUAGAAUUUUUUCACUUUUUAAUAAAGAAUUUUUAAAACAUA